AUGUCUGGUGUAUGGGUGUUCAACAAGAACGGUGUGAUGAGGCUGGUUGAGAAUCCUUACAACCAAUCCACCGGAGAUUCGUCGGAAUCUUCUUCCUCCGGUGGUAGCCAGCAGCAGAGGAUGAGGAGGAAGAUCCUUGUCCAUCUUCCGACCAGCGAGGUUGUCUCUUCGUACGGUUCACUUGAGAGGAUCUUGAAGGGUCUUGGAUGGGAGAGGUACUACUAUGGAGACAACGCCGAUCAUCUCCUCCAGUUCCACAAGAAAACAUCCAUCGAUCUCAUCUCUCUCCCACGAGAUUUCUCAAAGUUUAACUCUAUCCAUAUGUAUGAUAUCGUCGUCAAGAACCCUAACGUGUUCCAUGUCAGAGACAUGUAGUAGCUUAUCAUCAAAACUGGACAUGAUCAAUUUGAGUCUUAAUACUCUCCUAUCAUUCGCUGAUAUAUCUAUGAUGUAUAAAUUUGUUUUUGGUUUGUUUUAUCUUGUAUGUGUUUUGUGUUGGUCAAUUAAUAGUGGUCUCAAGCUAGAGACCUUCUA